AUGGGCACAGGUAGUGGGACACAAAUACCACUAUGGAUAUCAAUACUAGCACUUGCCUACGUACAGAUCAAAGUUCAAGCUCAGGGCAAUGAGCAACAAUCACAAUCGAACUAUGACUCUCCAUUAUUCCUGCAGCAACAAAAUCAUCUUUCACCAGUUUCCAAAUCCCAUGGACUGACGUUCAUCCCACCUCUUCAAAACACACUGAAAGUAAAGGCUGGCAACCCCUCUCACAAUGGCCGUGUAUGCAGUACAUGGGGUAACUUCCACUUCAAGAACUUUGAUGGGGACAUCUUUUACUUCCCUGGGGUCUGCAAUUACAUCUUUACAUCCAACUGCAAAUCUCCCUAUGAGGACUUCAAUAUCCAGAUUAGGCGCACCACUGGGGAAAAUGCUACCGUGAUCACUCACGUCAUCAUGAGGCUGGAAGGAGCAGUGGUUGAAUUGACACGCACCUCUGUCCUGGUCAACGGCAAACAGAUUCAGAUGCCCUAUAGCCAUAUGGGAGUCAUGAUAGAGAGAAGCAACAACUAUUUGAAAGUUUCUGCCAAGUUAGGACUGAUCUUUCUCUGGAAUGAAGAGGAUGCCCUCCUGGUGGAACUAGAUAAGAAAUACGCCAACCAAACCUGUGGACUCUGUGGGGACUUCAAUGGAAUCCCAACCAACAACGAGUUUAUUUCACAAAAUGCAAAACUGACUGCUCUACAGUUUGGGAAUAGGCAGAAGAUAGAUGGACCCACAGAGCAGUGUGAUGAUCCUAUUCCUUCCACUGUUCUGAUGAACUGCUCAUCUGAAUUUGCUUCUAUCUGCAAGACAGUAUUAACCAGUGAAGCAUUCACAAGCUGUAAUGCACUUGUGGACGUUCAGGACUACAUUGAAACUUGCAUACAAGACCUAUGCCACUGUGAUACUUCUAUGGCCGACUUCUGUAUGUGCAACACCUUUGCUGAAUACUCCCGGCAGUGUGCUCAUGCAGGUGGACAGCCUCUGAACUGGAGAACCUCAGAAUUAUGUCCCAAGUCAUGUCCUUUCAACAUGCAACACCAGGAGUGUGGCUCCCCCUGCUCCGACACCUGCAGCAACCCUGAACGAUCUGCGCUUUGUGAAGAUCAUUGUACAGAUGGCUGUACCUGUCCUUCAGGAAUGGUAUUCGAUGACAUUAAUGGUGCUGGCUGUAUUCCCCGUAAGGAAUGCCAUUGUACCUAUGAAGGCGAAACCUAUGCUCCUGGUACCUCCUUCUCAUCUAAAUGCAGAUCAUGUACUUGUGCUGGGGGUGAAUGGACUUGUGUCACCCAGUCAUGUCCAGGGACUUGCAGCAUCGAAGGAGGCUCCCACAUUACAACAUUUGAUGAAAAAUAUUAUUCCUUCUAUGGAGAUUGUAGCUAUGUCCUAACCAAGCUCUGUGACAGCAAUGAUUUCACUGUUCUGGGUGACAUCUACAAGUGUGGUCUCACUGACACUGAGACUUGCCUCAAGGGCGUAGCCAUCAGUCUAAGCGGAGGACAAACUAACGUUGUGAUCCAGCCUUCUGGCAGCGUGUUUGUGAAUAUGAUCUACACACAGCUGCCCUUCUCUGCAGCAAAUGUCACCAUCUUCAGACCAUCAUCAUUCUUCAUCAUUUUACAAACAACUUUUGGUCUUCAGCUGCAGAUUCAAAUUGUACCUCUCAUGCAACUUUUUAUAAACUUAGACCCAUCACAGAAAGGGCAGACCUGUGGUCUCUGUGGAAACUUCAAUGACAUCCAGACAGAUGACUUCAAAACCACAAGUGGUGUAAUAGAGGGUACUUCGGCUGCCUUUGGCAAUACUUGGAAAACUCAGGCUGACUGUCCUGAUGCCAAAAUUACCUUUGAGAACCCCUGCACUCUCAGUAUAGAAAAUGAUAACUAUGCUCAGCACUGGUGUGGCUUGCUCUCUGAUACCAUGGGACCUUUUGCAGAAUGUCAUUCAACAGUGAAUCCAGAAGUUUACCAGAAGAACUGCAUGUUUGAUACUUGUAACUGUGAGAGUACUGAGGACUGCAUGUGUGCUGCCCUUUCCAGCUAUGUCAGAGCCUGUGCUGCUAAAGGAAUACUCCUUAAUGGAUGGAGGAACAAAGUCUGCACAAAAUACACCAACACAUGUCCAAAAUCCUUGGAGUACACUUACAGUGUUGAUUCCUGUCAACCUACUUGUCGUUCUCUGAGUGAGCCUGAUGUCACAUGCAACAUCAAGUUUGUCCCAGUUGAUGGCUGCACCUGUGUAAAUGGAACCUACAUGGAUGAAAGUGGAAAAUGCGUGCCUGCAUCUAGCUGUCCUUGUUACUACAAAGGAAUGCCUCUGUCUACUGGGGAAGUUAUUCACGAUAAUGGCAUUGUCUGCACUUGCAGUUACGGAAAGCUGAGCUGCAUUGGAGAGAAACCAUCACCAGUCUGUGAACCUCCCAUGGUCUAUGUUGACUGUGCCAAUGCCACUGCAGGUGUCACAGGAGCAGAGUGCCAGAAGAGUUGUCAGACUUUAGACAUGGAAUGUUACAAAACCCACUGCGUCUCUGGCUGCAUAUGUCCUCCUAAUUACGUAUCAGAUGGCAAAGGUGGCUGCAUAGUUGCUCAAGAGUGCCCAUGUGUUCACAAUGGGGAUUCCUACCGUCCAGGAGAAUCAAUCAGAGUUGGCUGUAACAACUGCACGUGUAGAAACAGAAAGUGGCACUGCUCCGAGGAACCUUGCCUAGAAACCUGUUCAGUUUACGGAGAUGGGCAUUAUACCACCUUUGAUGGCAAACGCUUUGAUUUUGAAGGAGACUGUGAAUAUGUUCUAAUCCAGAACUACUGUGGCAGAAAAGGUUUGAAUCAGGGAACCUUCAGAGUAAUCACUGAGAACAUUCCAUGUGGCACAACAGGAACCACCUGCUCCAAGUCCAUUAAAGUUUUCUUGGGGAACUACGAGCUGGUGCUCAGCGAUGGACAUUCUGAUGUCAUCCAGAGGUCACCUGGAGGAGAAAUGCCAUUCCAAAUCCGUUCCAUGGGCAUCUACACGGUUGUUGACACUACUGUUGGUCUGAUACUCAUGUGGGACAAGAAAACCAGUAUAUUCAUCAAACUUAGUCCCAGCUUUCAGGGGCAUGUCUGUGGCCUUUGUGGAAAUUAUGAUGGCAAUGGAAACAAUGACUUCACUACGCGCAGUCAGUCUGUGGUAGGAAAUGUGCUGGAGUUUGCCAAUAGCUGGAAAGUGUCUUCUACUUGCCCAAAUGCCAAUCAAACCAGAGAUCCAUGCACUGCAAACCCGUACAGGAAAUCCUGGGCACAGAAGCAAUGCAGCAUCAUUACCAGUGAAGUAUUUGCAAAGUGUCACUCCCAGGUUGAACCGAAUGAAUAUUAUCAAGCAUGUGUGGAUGAUGCUUGUGCUUGUGACACUGGAGGAGACUGUGAAUGUUUUUGUACAGCAGUAGCUGCCUAUGCUCAAGCAUGCAAUGAGCUGGACAUUUGCAUUUCAUGGAGAACCCCAUCCAUUUGUCCUCUGUUCUGCGAUUACUACAAUCCACAGGGGGAAUGUGAGUGGCACUACAAGCCCUGUGGAGCCCCUUGUAUGAAGACCUGUAAUAAUCCAAGUGGGAAGUGCCUUCAUGAGUUGAGAGGUUUGGAAGGCUGUUAUCCACACUGCCCAAAGAAUAAGCCCUAUUUUGAUGAAGAAACCAUGGCUUGUGUUUCUAAUUGUGGUUGCUAUGAGAAUGGAAAACAUUACAAGCCAGGAAUGCAGAUGCCUUCAAAGCAGAACUGCCAAGCAUGUGAAUGCACAAACCAUGGCAAAAUAUGCAAAUACGACGAACACGAAUGUGUCUGCGUUUAUGAAGGACGGGCAUAUAACUAUACAGAUAUGAUCUACAAUACUACAGAUGGCAUAGGAGGCUGCAUUGUUGCAACCUGUGGUCCCAAUGGAACACUUCAAAGAGUUGUGUAUGACUGCCCAAUCUCAGUAUCACCCACAAUACCGUUUUACUUCAGCACUACUCCGCCUGCCACUGCUUCCACAGUUACAUCAUCACCAACGACAUCGGUAUGUGUUCAUGAAGUCUGUCAGUGGUCAGAAUGGUAUGAUGGAAGUUCACUAAUACCUGGAUUUGACGGUGGAGAUUUUGAAACAUUCAGUGAUUUGAGAGCUAAAGGUUAUGAAGUCUGUAGAGCUCCAAAGGCAGUUCAAUGCAGGGCAGAGAAAUUUCCUAACAUACCACUGAAGGACCUUGGCCAAAGUGUAGAAUGUAAUACAAAAGAUGGGCUUAUAUGUUACAACAAAGAUCAAAUUUCAACUAUGUGCUACAAUUACGAAAUCAGAAUCUUAUGUUGUGUUUUUGUACCAUGCUCUUCCACUCCAUCCAUCACAACACAUACCCCAGUUCCAGAAAUGACAACCACAACAUCAAGUAUGAUUACCACAACUUCAUCUACAACCACAGAAACAGGAACUACUUCUGUCACAAGCACUUCAGAAACAGCAAGUACCUCCCCAGAAACAAUCACUACAACACCUUGCCAACCAAAGUGCAAAUGGUCCCAAUGGUAUGAUGUCCAUUUCCCAACACUGCACAACAAAGGAGAUUAUGAAACUUAUCAGGACAUUAGAUCUGCUGGAAAAGCAAUCUGCAGAAACCCUGAAAAAAUACAAUGCAGAGCAGAGAAAUACCCACAUAAAUCUAUUGAAGAAAUAGGCCAGGUUGUCCACUGCAAUGUAACAUAUGGACUUAUCUGCAGAAAUGAAGAUCAAAAAGGAGAACUGCAUAUCUGUCUUAAUUAUCAAGUAAAAGUAUUCUGUUGUGAUGACUACAGCCACUGCCAAUCAAGCGUGACACCUACGGUACUAGAGGAAAUUACUACCACCACUACACAAACACCAGCUACUACAACCUCAGAAAUUUCAACAACUGCAACUAAAACAACAUCACUAGUCACCGUAUCUCCUUCAACAGCAGCAAUCUGUGUAAAAGAAGUAUGUGACUGGUCAAUUUGGUAUGAUGCCAGCUAUCCAGAAUCAGGAUACGAUGAUGGAGACUUUGAUACAAUUCAGAAUAUAAGAAAACAGGGAUAUAAAGUCUGUCCUAACAGAAAGGCUGUUGAAUGCAGAGCGGUAAGAUUCCCUGAUACACCAUAUCAACUCCUGGAACAACAUAUUACAUGCAACACUGAAGAAGGUUUAAUAUGCUAUAAUAAAGACCAGCUACCACCGAUCUGCUACAACUACGAAGUAAGAUUUAAAUGCUGUGAAAACAUAACAAUACCAUGCCAAACAACACAAACACCAUAUUCAACUACAGAAACACAAACAACAACUACAAUUUCAACAACAACAAUGACACCAUACACAGAAAUAUCAACAACACAAUACACACCACAGAUACAAACAAAACAUAAGACAACCACUACAGAAACAAUACCACCAAGAACAGAAAAUAUUCACAGCGAAACCACAUCAACACCAAAUCCCACCACCUCCAUCUCCACAGGCACCUCCUCCCCCACGUCCUUCAUCACCGUCACAUCUUCCACAUUUUCCACCAGUUUCAGCACCAGUACUUCUAUAUCAACAUCAUGUUUCUGUAAAAUUGGAAACAACAUUUAUUCACCUGGUGAACUGAUUUACAGCACAAUGGAUAGUGAUGGAUGUAGAUUUUAUGCUAGGUGUAGUGAAAAAUGUACAGUUGAACGCUACACUGGAGACUGUAAUUUUACUACUCCAUUAACCACUACAUCUCCUCAGACGCCUACCAUAAUAACAACACAUCCAAUUCUUCCUCCAGGUUGUGUUUCUGGUACUCACCCUCCCCUACAGCCUGGCCAGAGAUUCAAAUUAUCCAACUGUACAGAACUCAUCUGUGAGGGAAACAACAAAGUUAUAGUAAACCAAACAGUAUGUCCACCUAUAAAGGAAAUUACCUGUGCAAACAAAUACCCAGCAGUAUUGGUACCUGAUGAAAAUGGAUGCUGUUACCACUAUGAGUGUCAAUGUGUCUGCAGUGGAUGGGGUGAUCCUCAUUAUAUUACUUUUGAUGGAACCUACUAUACUUUCCUUGAAAAUUGCACUUAUGUUCUGGUGAAACAGAUUGUGCCUAAAUACGACAACUUCCGUGUUCACAUUGAGAAUUACUACUGUGAUUCAAAAGAUGGACUUUCCUGUCCUAAAUCCAUUAUUAUUUUCUACAAAUCUGCAACAGUGAAGCUGACCCGUGAACUCCUGAACGGUGUGAUGACAAAUGUGAUGUACUUCAACAAUAAGAUUGUCCAACCAGGCUUUCACAAAGAUGGCAUUUAUUUCUCCACACUUGGAAUCAAUAUGAUUGUAGAAAUACCAGAAAUUGGUGCAACCAUCACCUUCAGUGGGCUGAUCUUUUCUGUGAAACUCCCAUACAGCAAAUUUGGCAACAACACUGAAGGACAGUGUGGAACAUGUACAAAUAACAAAAGAGAUGAAUGUCGCUUGCCAAGUGGUAAGAUCAUUUCUUCCUGUCCCCAAAUGGCUCAUCACUGGCUUGUUGGUAAUGACACAUCAUGCACUGGAGUACCACCACCAUCAAUAGUAACCACACCUCCUGCAAGGCCACAGUGUCAUGUUCCUGAACUCUGCAAGCUUAUCAUAAGCAAAGUUUUUGCAGAAUGCCAUGACGUGAUACCUCCAGAACCAUUUUACAAAGGAUGUGUUUUUGAUGGAUGUCGCAUAACUGAUGAAUCCAUGCAGUGUUCCAGUUUGGAGAUAUAUGCUACAGAGUGUGCUGCUAGAGGUGUCUGCAUUGACUGGAGAGGAAAGACAAACAAUACGUGCCCAUACAACUGUCCAGCAAACAUGGUAUACAAGCCAUGUGAGUCCAUUAAUUCUGCUACCUGCAGCCAAAGCUUUGUUGACCGUCCUGGCUAUGGAGUAACUGAAGGUUGUUUCUGUCCUGAAGGAAAGACACUCUUGAGUGAAGACAGCAACAUUUGUGUCUCUGAAUGCUCUUGUAGAGAGCCAAAUGGAGUAUUCAGAUGGCCAGGAGAAAAAUGGACAAAAAAUUGCCAGGAAUGUGUCUGUGACAGAUCUACUCUCAGAGUGCAUUGUACAAAAUACGAAUGUCCUCUGUCACAGCAAGUAUCUUGUUCUGAACCAGGAUACAUGCCUGUUCAGACACAGAUACCAGAAGAUCCAUGCUGUACCAGGACUGAGUGCUACUGCAAUACGAGCCUCUGCCCUGAGGUCACACAACAAUGCUUAGAGGGACAGGAAGUAAUUACAGUAACACAGCCUGGAAAAUGCUGCCCUACCUUUGAAUGCAGACAUGGCUGUGUAGUCAAUGAAACCUACUAUGCGCCUGGAACUGUGAUUCCAUCAGGCCCCUGUGAAAGCUGCAGCUGCUCCAUAUCCUCUUAUUCAAGCCAUCAGAAGUUUGCUGUCAAGUGCCAGCCUGUUACCUGUGACACCUACUGUCCAGUGGGUUACAAGUAUACAGAGGAACCUGGAAAGUGCUGUGGCACAUGCAAGGCUGAAGCCUGCAUAGUGGUCAUGGAAGACAACACUACACAUGUGCUUAAGGUUGGAAAAUUCUGGAGCCCACCUGGUAAUAACUGUACAACUUACACAUGUGAAAAAUACAAUGGUCAGUUCAUUACAGUCAUAUCAAAGAAAAGCUGUCCCGCCUUCAACUCGGAUCUCUGUGAACCUGACAGCAUCAGGCUAUCAGAUGAUGGCUGCUGUAGAGUGUGCUCAAUCCCACCAUCAGGUUGCAAGAAGCAUAACACCACUACUGUCAUCAAAUACCAAGGAUGUGUUUCUGUACCUGUUGAGAUGACAUAUUGUGAAGGCAGCUGUGAUGCUUACUCAAGGUACUCUCAAGAAGCAAACAUGAUGGAACAUAAAUGCUCAUGUUGCCAGGAAAUCCAGACUAGUGUAAGAAAGGUGACUUUGACAUGCAGUGAUGGAACCUAUCUUGAUCACUCAUACACCUAUGUGGACCAAUGCAGCUGUGUUGGUGCUGAGUGUGUUCCACAAGACAUUGCCAACCAACAACAGCAAACAGGUGAAAUAUGAGAUAAAGAAGAAAAAGGGAACGCAAGAAAAAGGGAACGUCUAAAAUUAAAACUAAAGAGAAGCCAAAUGAGUUGAACAUAGAUGAAAACAAACAUUUGAAAGAAAGUGUCAAAAGCAGCUACAGUUUUUUACGAACAGAUUAUAUUUUCUGCAUACAAGCUCAAUAUGUCUGUCUACACUAUGUCAGCUUUCCUUACCAUUGUGUCUCAUACUGUUUUUCAUGACUUUUCUUUACACCUUGAGAGGUACAGUAUAAGAUCAUAUACUGUAUACAAAACAUAUACAAAAUUUUCAUAUUUCUUGUUUGUUUGUCUUAUGAGAAGUGCUAAACCAUAAGAUUUAGACCACACAAAGUCUUUUAUUAGAAUGACAUUGUUUUCAAGGCUUUCCUUUCAUGGCACAAUAUAAAUUGCACUGGUGCAGAAUAAAUAUUACUCUGCAGGAAAUCAAGUUUUGCUGGUCAUUACAUUCGACAACUACUUGACAUUAUCUGAGAUUUCCUUUGAUACACUGAACUAUUACGGAACAUUUCAAUUUCAGUUCACUGAGACAGAUCAAAAGCUAAAGUCCAAGAAAAACGAAAACUGUACCUCUGUUUUACUUUCUGUUUUGCAUUAUGGAAAACUUAGAUUGCAAAAAGCCAUAUCUUCUCAAAGCUAUAAAAUUCAAUGUUAUAAACAAUUUUUAGGGCAUUUCCCUAUCUAUUCUCAUGAGAAAGAAAAGAAAGAAAACAAAAGAAGAAAGAAGAAAGAGAGAGAGAAAGAUACUAGAAUGAUAAGCUGCUGCAUACUACUCUUUGUUUACAUAACAUCAUCAGCAUAGAAACUGUAUGAAAAUUUGGAAUUUUUUUUUCCUUUGUGGUUAACUGUU